UUGCCCUAAAACAGAUAACACUUUCAAGAACACAAAUGUGCAGAGAACAGCACCAAACUGACAUACUCUGGUUUUCUCUCUGGAUUUUAAGAAUUUUCUUCUGUUUGCUUGUAUUUCUGUUGGUGAUUCGAGUGCCUGGAACAUGGCACUUCUCUCAGACAAGGGUUACUCUGGGACUGAACUCCUAGACCUGCUCCUGGAGCCCCAUAUGGUCCCUCACAUGAACAGCAAUGGUUACCAUGGCAACCCAGCCUGGUCAAUCACAGAUCAAAGCAUUCUGUGUCAUGGUGAAGGUGUUGUUGAUAACUUCUUGGACUCCUUGUUGCAAUUGUCAAAUGGCGUGUCACAGCCCUGCUCUCCUCUGUGGGUCCCCUCCCCCUCUGACAGCGGAAUCAGUGACGACACCCCGUCUGACCACCCGGACAGCCCGCCGCCGUCCACCAGCCCGCUUUUCAACUCCAUCUAUCUCCCUCAGCAUCCUCAUCUUCUCCCUCAGCAUCUUCAGCAGCAGGACGCACCUGUCGCAAACACAGAGCCUGAUAUCUCCAUUGAUCUGGAAGAUUGGGAGGCCUGUCUGUUCUCCGAUGGUCUGACAGACUCUCAGAGCACGUCAGCAGUGCUGAGAACUCAACCAGCCACCGUUUACCAGCUCACCGUAAAAGACCUGCUGCUUUCCAACAACGGAGAAGUGUCAAAACCCUCCACCCAGCAAUCCCAGCAAGAACUGUUUCUUAAUGAAGAUGAGAAGAAACUUUUAGCCAAGGAAGGACUCAGUCUUCCCAGCCAACUGCCUCUUAACAAGUACGAAGAAAAGAUGUUGAAGAAGAUUCGGAGGAAAAUCCGGAACAAGCAGUCGGCACAGGAGAGCCGCAAGAAAAAGAAGGAAUAUGUAGAUGGACUGGAGGGAAGAAUGGCUGCCUGCAGUGCUCAGAAUCAGGAAUUACAGAAGAAAGUCCUCCAGCUGGAGAAGACCAACACGUCUCUGAUGGAGCAGUUACGCUGGCUGCAGUCUCUGGUGAUGAAUGGCUCCAGUAAACCGGCUCAGACGGGAACCUGCAUCCUGGUGCUGGUCCUCUCUUUCUCUCUCAUUCUCAUCCCGUGCCUCCAGCCCAUCUCACAAAGGAGGGUCGCUGACCCCGGUGACUUCAGCGCCGGGAAAGUUCAGUCCAGGUCACUGCGCUCAGUGAUGGAGGUCUACAGCAUCCAGCCUGGCUACUCCAUCAACAGGGAUGGGGACGUGUCCUCGUCCCCUCACAGCAAGCUUCGGCUCAGACCUGAGUACGCCGACAUGGACCCUCUACAUCACAACCACAGCUACAGAGACGGCGAGCAUCACCACGGCGACCCCAUCACGGGCCACGCUGCCACACUGAGGUGGAUAACGCAUCAUGAGAAAGACAGGAAGUGAUGUAACGGAUUGGCACACAUUAUACCAGCCGUUUGACCAAGGCAUCACAACUGACUCCGGAAGUUACAGUCUGACUUACAUGUAAAGCAAACAACCUCUGUUUGUUUUGCUUUCACCUGGCAUUGAGUUGUGGGUUUGUCUGAACAGAUUAAAUAAUAUUAGACUGGAAUGGAAAAAUAAAUAAUGCAGUUGAUGAUGCAGCAGCCUACAGCAUGCAAAAAUGUACAAAGAACACAAAAUAUAUUGCAACAUUUUGUGGAAAAAGUACAUAUUUCACUGAUGCUUUAGUUUACUUUCGAAUAACAUAUUUCAAAACUCAGAGUGUCGUACAAAGAUUUCAUGCAACUAACCAGGCAAAUCUAGUCAAUAUUUCAUUCUCAAGCAUUUCUUUGCAUCAAUAUUUGUAAACAUUUUACUACAGCAUCGCAGCUCAUUCUGGACAAAAACUGCCCGCAGACAGGAAGUGACUGUCUGAUUGACACGUAAACGUUUGUUUUGCCUUUACUUGGCAUGUAGUUGCAGGAAUAUCUGAAUAUAUUUUACAUCCAUUACAGACUGGAAUUUAAAAAUAAAUGCAAAUAAUGAUGCAGCAGCAUGCAAAAAUUUGUCCAGAAAACACACACAAAUAGUGUAAACUGUUCCGAAAAUAUAUACUUUAGACACUUAAGUUUACUUGUGAAUAAAAAAAAAUAAAAAAAAAAAUUCUGAGUAUUGUACAAAGAUUUCAUGCUGGCUAAAUGUGGCAAAUCUAAUGAUUACUUCAUCCUCAAGCAUUCAUUGCAUUAACAUUUAUAAACAUUUUACUAUGGCAUUGCAGCUCAUUCCGGCCAAAAAUCCACUCACGACAGGAAGUGACCAACCACCCACGGUUUGCUUUGCUAUUAUAUGGCAUUGAGUUGUGGGUUCAUCUUAAUAGAUUAUACUGCAAUAAUAGACAGGAAUAGAAAGAUAAAUAAUGCAAAUAAUGAUGCAUAUAUUAAAAAUAGUGUAAAAUAUUGCAGGUUUGUCUGAAGAGAUUAUACCACAAUAACAGACUGAAAUGGAAAAAUAAAUCAUUUGUAUUAUGAUGCAGCAGCCUAUGCAAAAACGUUGAACAGAAAACACAAAAAUAAGUGUAAAAUGUUGUGGAUUUAUCUGAACACAUUAAAUCACAAUAACAGACUUGAGAGGAAAAAUGAAUAAUUCAAAUAAUGAUGCAGCAGCCUAUGCAAAAGAUGUACAGAAAACACUUAAAAGAGUGUAAAAUGUGUAAAGAAAAUGUACAUAUUUCAAAGAUGCUUACAGUAAGUUUAAAAACUCAUACAAAAAUGUGUUGCAUCUAACCUGGAAAACGUUAGCUAUAUCAUGACUUUGUUUCCAAGUGGAUUAAGUGUUUAAAUUGUGUAAAACCAGCCAAUCAGAUUCAGUUCCUCUAGCUUGAGGAAGUGUUUUCUGUUUAAUAUGCAUCAGUGAGCAUGUGCAUCCACAAAUUUGCACCAAAGCCAAAUGUUGGCCUGCGUUUUACACGCUGCUGUUGGGGAAGAGAUUAAUCAGUGGGAAUUGGCCUAACACGGCACAUUGCAUCAAAAGCAGACACUCCUGCCAAGAGGUGUGCGGAUCACUGUGCCAAGAUAAGCUUUACUUCGACUGCUUGAUCAACUCAGAUUGAUGCACAGAGCUCAACUCAUUUGUGCAGAAUCAAGCAGCCGCACGAGCACAAUGUCCCAACCUAUAACUGGGCAUUACAUCCAGGCACUCGUUAAUGUGAGUUCAUAACCAGCAAUACUUUACCCUAAUAUUUAUAGUUUUUGUUUGCAAUUUUCUUCUGCACAGAGCUCCCAGGAGCAUUUUGAUUCACAGUUCCAUGAAUGCUAAACAACUUUUACUUUUUGUUGCUCAGUAAACUAGAUGCAUAGUCCUUUUAGUAUUGCAUACAACAAGCAGUAGAUUUGAGCUCUAGAAUGGCUGGGUAUGAGCAGUGAGUGUGGUAGUUUGUUCAAGCAGGUAUUUGCACUCUCUCGCUCCACCUCCAUGAACCUCCAGGCAGCUGUUGCCUGACCAUCAAAUAUGUGUAUAAUUAGACCCAUGAGUAUUGCACAUCUCGAGACCUCAGCGUUCAUCAGCGCAUCACGAGUGGUCAAGGGCAUAUGUGGCUUUCAUUCAUUUAAAAGCACCUUUCGCUCCAAUAUGCACCAGAGUUUCAGGUGCAGUUACUGAUGUCAGUGUGCUAAAGAGGUUAAGGAGGAGUGCCGAGGAAUAACAAUUACCUGUUUCACAUGCUUUUGCAUUAAAACUGCACCACAGGCCUCCACUGGCACACUGUCUUCUGUGUGCAGCUCCAGGAAAUACAGCACAACCUUGGACAGAAUGAGCAGCUUGGUUUUCUUACUGCACAGCCCUCCUUUGGGCUUUUUGCUCUACUUCUUGUUGGGUUUAUUUUUACAUUACAAACUGCAUGAUUGAAGCAUUGAGUCUUUUGAAUAUUAUUGAUCAAUUGGUAAACAGUAAAUGAGUAUGUUAAACUGUAUUUUCCAAGAUAAAGGUUUCAGGAGUGUACAACAUUAUGGUAAAACCUUGACCAAGUUCAACUGAAUGUAUUUAUUUCCUAUUGCUUUGUAUUUUUAGUCAAUACUCUGACUUGAAUGACAUGUCCACUUGUAAAUAAACGACCU